AUGUUAUAUUCAUUCUGUCUUGCAGACACUGAAGCAGAAAGAAGUGCUUUGAGAGAGCAUGUAUAUCCAAAACUGAGAGAAUUCUGCAGGGAAAAUUAUGGACUGGAUUUUCAGGUUGUAGAUCUGUACUGGGGAAUAGAUUCCGAAGAAUGGGACAGUCCAGAGUUACAGAAGACUCGUAUGAAACUGCUGGAAGAGUGCCUGAAAACAUCUGCAGGUCCAUGUUUUGUUGGAAUGAUAGGUGAGAAAUAUGGAACUAUCCGUAUUCCUGGUGAAGUGGAGUCAUCAGAAUUUGAAAUGAUUUUGGAUGCUGCAGUGGAGGCAAAGUUGGACACAAGGAUUCUAGAAGAAUGGUACUGCAGAGAUGAGAAUGCUGUCCCUCCAGCCUACUAUCUAAAGCCUAAAUGUGAGAUGCUGAAAACAGAUGCAAUAAGCCCAACCAAAAAUUCUCCAAAUGACAAGAAAUGGAAGAAAGUGUCCGAAGAGAUAACGAAGAUAUUUAAAACAGCAGUAACUUUACUUCAGGAAAAAGGAACCAUGAAACCCGGCCAAGCAAAAAGAUACCUCUGUUCAGCUCUUGAAGAUGAAUUUGACUUUGCCUUAGGAAAACAGACUCCUGCAUUUCUUAAAAAGUGCGUGUGCUACAUUAGGAAAAUUGCCAACUUUGAACGUCAUGUGAAAGUGCCUGAGAUGAGCCGAUACAUGGAUAUAGCAGCGGUGGAUGGAAAAAUUAUGCGUGACCCAGAUCCUCUCGAGAGACUUAUCAAACUCAGGGAUGAAUUUAUUCCUACCAUUGUUGCAUCGUCUAAUCUCAGAGUGUACACUUCUAUUACACACUGUGAUAUGAAACUCGGAUAUUCCCAAGAUGUGGAAAACCACUAUGUGGAAGGCUUGUGUAAGCAAUUUUAUGAAGACAUGGUUGAUAUAGUACAGGCAACAGUUCAACAAAAUUUUGAUACAGAGACUGAUACGCUUUAUGAUGACAUGUUGCAGCAGUUAUCACUUUGUAAGGCAUACUCAUCUAUUUAUGAGUAUAAAUGUGAAGCCCUGACACAGAUUCGAAAAUACAUUUUUCCAAGUAAAGCAGGACGCAUUAACCCUCUUAUCUUAUAUGGAGGGCCCUGUACGGGAAAAACACUUCUAUUAGCAGAGGUUGCCAGAAAGGCACAUGCAUGGCUUCGAGAUGAAAUGGGGCCAGAUUCUGAUCCUGUAAUUAUUGUUCGAUUUUUGGGAUCCACAGAAAUGAGUGUAGACCUUAAGUAUCUGCUACAGAGUAUAUGUGAACAAAUAGCAAUGAACUACCGGUGCAUUGUCCAAAGUUUUCCCAAAAAAAUUCAUGAUAUGAGGGAGUUAUUUGUAAACUUACUCAAUGAAUCUUCUUUCUAUCGUCCACUAGUAAUCAUACUUGAUGCUGUAGAACAACUUCCAGAUGCUGAAGAUGCUCGAAAACUGUGGUGGCUUCCCAUUCAUCUUCCUCGUACUGUUCGAAUUAUUCUGUCCACACUGCCAAACAAACAUGGCAUUCUACAAAAGCUGAAAUCUCUCAUUCAGGAUAGGGAAAAUUAUGUAGAAAUUGCCCCACGUGACAGAAGGAUGUGCAGCCAGAUUUUAAAACAUCAGUUGCUUCGAGUUAAAAGAAAAGUAACCUCAGGUCAGCAAAUUUAUGUCAACGAGGCUUUGUCAAAGUGCACCUUACCGAUGUUUGUUAAUCUAAUUUUUAGAGAAGUCAGACACUGGCGAUCACACAAAGAUGUAGAUGACUCUUCACUUUGUGGAAAUGUCCAUGACAGCAUAGAGCAUCUCUUUUGGUCACUGGAGAAGAAAUGUGGGGCAAGAUUCUUAGCACGAGCUCUUGGUUAUAUUACGUUGACCAGGACUGGUCUGAGUGAAGUAGAGCUGGAAGAUAUUCUUUCCCUUGAUAAUAGUGUUCUAAAUGAAAUUGGGGCUGGGAAUCAAGAUAACUGUCCCAUGAGGAUCCCAUACAUUUGUAUCGCAAGGCUUAAAGAUGAAUUAAGUGGUUAUCUUAUAGAAAGGCAAGUUAAACAUGUUACUCUGCUAGUAUGGGCAAACAGACAUCUCGAUGCUAUUGCACAGAAAAUGUAUCUCAGUAAUGAAGAUGAAGUGCUUGAAAUGCAUAGUGUUAUUGCUGAUUAUUUUCUUGGAAUUUGGGCUGGUGGAAGAAAGAAACCAUUUCUUUCAGAAGAAAACCCCAUGAGCCGUCUGCUUGAUCCUGACAGAGGUAACAACAGUGACAAAAUAAUAAUCAAUGAUGACUUCUCCUUUGACAGACAAGCCCCUGAACAGCCUUGGGUUUUCCAGUGCAAUCCUUUGGAGCCUGAUAUCUUUUUUGUUAAUCAUCGGAAAAUGUCUGAAUUAUUGCAUCAUCUUACAAGAAGUGGGCGAACUGAUGACAUGUUAUAUGGUAUAAUCAUGAACUUCAGCUGGUUGUAUACUAUGAUAAAAAUAGGGCAGUUUGACAAAGCACUGUCAGAUAUUGAAGUGGCUUACAGUUACUCUCAAGAAAAAGAGCUGAAAUUUCUUGCAGGUACUAUUCGCAGUAUAAAGUCAAAGCUAUCAAAAAAUCCCAGUUCACUUUCAGCUGAGUUGCAGCAAAGACUCCUUCCAGUUGUGAGCUCCUUGCCAAAACUGAGGCAUCUGCUUGUAGAAUGUGACAAAGAUGGUCCCAAAUAUUGUUCUAUAGUUCCACUGCAUAGUUCUAUGGAUGUAACAUAUUGCCCUGAGCGGCUUCCACUGUCCUCCAGUUAUACACAUGUGAUUGAAGCGCUGCCAACAUUUAGCCCCAACAUCAUCAUUACAGCUUUGGAAAAUGGAUCCAUCAGCACUUGGGAUGUGGAGUCGAGACAGCUGCUCAGACAAAUUACCACAGCUCAGUCUGUGAUCUUGGGAAUGAAACUUACUAAUGAUGAAAAGUACCUUGUUGUUGCUACAACCAAAAACACAUUAUUAAUUUAUGAUAACCACAAUUCAUGCCUUCUUUCAGAAGUAGAAAUCAAAGGAUCCAAGCACAGUGGUAUAGGAGGGGGGUGUAACCUUAUAAAUGGCUUCACUUUAACAAGCAACCAUGCUCUUGCAUGGCUAGAGACUAGCAAAGAUGUCAGUGUAAUUGACUUACUUUAUGGGUGGCCACUUUACCAGUUUCACUGCUGGUAUGAAGUCACAUGUGUCCAAUGCUCUCCAGAUGGUAUGCAUGCCUUCUGUGGGCAGUAUCUGAACACAACUACUAUAUUUCAUCUUAGUAGUGGGGAAAAGCUCUCCACAGUGACAUCAGAAUUUUCAGGAGGGUUUGUGAGAUUUAUUCUCAUCCUUGAAAGAGUGCAGGAAAUGGCAAUGGUUGACAAUGAAGGAAGUCUUUCUGUGUGGAAUAUCGAUGAUAUAAUGAACCCACAGCUUAUGGAAGACUUUGACUGCAAGGGGGAAGACAGUGACAUAGUUAGCAUUGAACUUUCAGAAGACCAAAGUGCAAUUCUCAUUUGCAAGGCACUUGGAGUAGAAAUCCUAGACACAACUAUGUGGAAAGUCACUGAAAAAUUCAGGGCAAAACGUAAUGAACGCUUUGUAUGUGCUGUCCUGUCCAAAAAUCAUGACUGCAUUAUUGCCUCCGUGGAAGAUACAUCAUCGAUUUUUGUGUGGCGGAGAGAUACCGGACAGUGUAUGGCUAGUCUGCAGGAAUUUUCAGGUCCUAUAGUACGACUAGUUAAAUCAAAUCACCAUAACCUCCUACUGUCCUUGACAACUGGUGGAGUUGUCUCCAUAUGGGAUAUAGAUAUUAUAACAGCGAUGUCGAACAUUGACAAAACUGGAAAGCCGAUCCAAAGUGUACUGUUGAGUGGCAGAGCUGAGUUUAUAUAUACACUUGAUGGAACAGAUUCUGUUUAUAAAUGGAACUUUGGUACAGGAUUUAUUGAAGCCAUUUUUAAGCAUGAAGGACUUGUAGACCAGUGUGUUCUAACAACUUCUGGAGAUCUAAUGGUUACAUCAGAUGAUAAGAGUAGUCAGUAUAUAUGGCACACGGUUACUGGAGAAAAUUUGUUCCGUGUCAAUGGGCAGCGGAUUUCUCAGCUCUUAAUUACACACAAUGACCAGUUUAUUGUUUCACUCUGUGAGCAGAAUGCAUCUAGGGUUUGGCGUCUGGCAACAGGGCACAAAGUUUGUAAUAUUCUUGUAGCAUUGCAGGAUGCAUUUAUAACAUCAGCAAACACAUUUGUAAUUGGGAUAACAAAAAAUAAACUUUUAGCUGUAAGUUUGUGGACAGGUAGCAUAACUAAAAAGUUCUGCUGUGAUGAUGGCACAAUCAUUGUCACCUGUAAGCUCAUUCCUGACUGUCCUGACUAUGUCAUGUUUAUAACAUCCACUGAAGCUGUAUUUAUUUGGAGUCUGACAGAUGAAUCAAUCUGUAGACGACUUCAGCUUCCCAAUAAUUUCCUAAAAAGCUUAGAAGAUUUCCAAAUUUCUCCAAAUGGUAAAUUAGGAAUUGUAUCUCGUGGUGAUGAAAAUAUUAAUAUUCUUGACUUACACAGUGGGAAACUCCGUAUUGUACAUGCCACUGGUGUCAUUUGGCGACAGAGAUUGUCACGUGAUGGUCGAUAUCUAGUAUACAUUUGUUCCCGAAACAGUGAUGAUGAUGAUGAUGACAAUGGUGCAAUGUAUAAUUUAAUUGUAAUGAGACUUGCUGAUGGGAAAAACAUUGGUGCUUGCUCACUUUAUAAAAGUCCAACAUUUAUUGUUCUUUCUCAGAGACACCUUAAUAUUAUCAUAGGUUUUGAUGAUGGAAGCAUUGGUACAUAUACUGUAGUAGAUCGUGUUGAUGCUGCUUUAAAAAUUAAAAUUGCUACAUCAAACAGUCGUCAAAUUUUCAACAACUUGUCUAAACAACCUCGGCCUAAGUGUGCUACUUACAGUUUCAAAAUGGCAGCAGACUGUAUAUGGAGAGAGUCUACGGAAAUCUUUGCUAGAGACAGUCCAAUUACAGUUGCAGACUGUGGAGAAACAAAUGAAACAACACCAACAAAGAAGCCAAAUUAUUGUUAUGAUAAGGUAUGCUCUGCAAUAGAUUGCAGAGGACAAAAUUUCACAUCCGACAGUUAACUGUGCCUGCAGACAACUUAUGCAGAAAUCUAUCAAGAGCCUGAUUAUGUUGUCUAAUAAGUAGAAAUGUGUUACUAAUUAAUUGUUUCAAGCUUUCAGGGGUUUCAGUCCUCUUUAAGUAUAUAAAAGUGAUGUUAGUGAGAAACGGAAGGUCUGUAGCAUCUGUUCACAUAAAUUGCAUUGUUUAUUAGCAAAGUAAUAAAGUGCAAUCUGAUUAGAAACACACAGAAUAAAAAAAUAGACCCAUUAUUUGAUUUUACAUAAUGGGAUAUUAGAAAAGGGACCAUGGAGUACAGUGAAUAAUGCAAGUGACCCAGGACCACAGAAAUGGACAGAAAAACAUUUUAGAGAAUGGCAUACUGCCUACUUGCCUGCCAAAAUGUUACCCAGAUAAGUUCAUAUUGAUGAAAUUAAUGCUGCGUUUUGCUCCAAGCUGAAAAGUUUGGAAAUUAGCACUGGUAUAUCAUUGCCAUUUAAGUACCACACUAUAUAGUUCAAAAUUUGCCCUGCAUAUCAUACUUUUUAAUGUAGCAAUCACGGUAACAUUUUGCCUGCAUUGUUAUGGCAUUCCUUCCGUUAGAAAGUUGAAAGAGUUUACCCCAUACAGCUACAUAGCAACAUUUUUAGAGCACUAAUUGUUUGUUUUUGUUUCUAUUAUAAUCUCAUGAUCAGCAGGGCAAUCACUUGCACCAAAAUGUACCUGCUUGGAAGGCACUAUUACUGAACUCUAUUUAAUGACGGUACAUACAACAAGAAAAAGAAAAAAAAAAAAUAUAUAUAUAUAUAUAUAUAUAUAUAUAUAUAUAUAUAUAUAUAUAUAUAUAUAUAUAUAUAUAUAUUCAUUC